AAUUAAAAAAUAAAGUUUGAUGAUUUGUAUCGUUCACAAAUCACAAUAAGCACAGGUUCACACUAACAACGCCGCCGUCCCCGUCGAGGUAGAAGAGAGCUAUCAAGCAGAAGCAAGAUGCCGGCAAGAGCAGAGAAAGAGCGGCUCAACCUUCUCCUAGGUUCCCACCUCACCACCAUCCAUGAAACCCUACAAGUUUUGGAUCAAACUCCUUCUUCUUCUUCCUUCGAUUCCAAAGUCUCCUGGGAAGACGUCCUUAAAAUGGCCGAUCAAGUUUCCAAACAAGCUACAACAGUUGGAAUGCUUUGGUCUGGAGACAAACCAGAGUCAAAAGCAAUUGAGGAAAAUAUGACAUCCUACUUCAACAAUCUACAAGGUUUCCUCUUGGUUUCUCAUGGCAGCAUGGUAGGUGCGGGACCUACCUUGUCUUCCAGUAUUCAUGAAUCUGUCAAGCAAGUUGUUGAUUCCUGCUUCAGGUUGAUGAAGGAAACUGUCUCUUUAUAUGGAUCCCAUAAUGAAGUCCAGAAACAAUCAGUUCCACAACUGGUGGGUGUUGUAUGGGAAGCGUGCUCUGCCCUAAAAAAGACUCCUUCGUCAAACAUUACAGCAAUUGGCCGAGGAAUGACGAAGGUUGCGGUUUCCGUGAAAGACGUUCUACGCGAGAUGAAGGAAUUGAAGCCAGGUUCUAGUGAUGAUCCAGCUGACACUGAUGAUAAUUCAAGUGAAGGUGAAUUAGGGAACGACCUAUCACUAGAAGAGAUGAAAAUCGCUGAAAGAGCCAUCGUGGUUGUGUCCGACACGGUUUCAGUUCUGAAAGAACUUAUUCGCUCCAUCACAGGCUUGAUUAAGAUGGAAAAACCAAAUGACAACAGUGGUUUUGUCGAUUCGCUUGAAAAAUUGUUGCAGCUUUGUCAGGAACUUAGUCAACAGAUUGAUGAGAUUGGAGCUUGUCUAUAUCCUCCGCAAGAGAUUUCUUCCAUUGAAGCAGCGAUGGAGAAAAUCCACAGCAUUAUUGAUGGUAUGCAGGUGGAAAUAGGACAACUUCAAGGUUCAUCAGACACAUUUCUAGAGACAUGCAAUGGUUUAAGGAGCUCAAUGAAAGAGCUUGUGUCUGAACUAAGUAACUCUAGUAUUGCUGAUAUAGAAGACAGUGUCGAAAAUAUAACCUUAGCUGAUAAGUAGACUCUUUUGUUUGUACCUUUUGUGCAAUGAUUUUGACCAUGUAAAACUUCUGAAAUGAUUCUUGAAUUAUAAUUUUAUUUUAUUUCUUAUA